GAGAUGUUUCCAAAAUAUGGCUGCCGUCGUAAAAGACGUUGGUGAAAUUUGGACUCGGCUUUUUGAUCAUCGGCCCUUUGUUCAAGGCGAACUCACAUUUUUUGUGAGAGAAUUUCAGGACAAAAGGAAUGACAGGGAGGUUGAACGCCUCUUCAAAAUUAUAGAGUAUUCAACCGAUAUUGGUCAGAGUCAGUUGGAUCGAGCAGUCGAACUUGGAGAUUCUCAAUUGCCUAGUUUGAAAGCCAAUGUCGACGUAGCGUUGAGUAUGUGUGAACGAGUUCUCCAAAGAGAAGGGAAAUUCAAUACCGAGAAUCAAUUAAAGGAUAGAAGAGAUCUUCGAAAAACAGAAUGGCAAAAGUUUAUUAGUGAAAUGAGCGAAAAGUGCCUGAAAGUCGAUCAAGAAUUCCUCGAAAGGGAAAACGAGUUGAAGGAAUAUUACGUGGAUUUAGAAAGGAAACUACAUAUUGCACCAUAAUUGGUCACCAACAUCUUCCAUAUCUACUUGAAUAA